AUGGUUCUAGGAAGAAAGACCAAGCGCCAUGCCGGUGGAACAACGGUCACUACGACCACCACGACUACUCAUCAUCCACCCGACGCAGCAAUUCGCACCAAGCCUACCCUCAAGCAGCGCCUGAUGGGCGGAACACGAACCAGGCCCACCACCGCUGCACCCACACGAAGACGUCGGGUCGGCGUGCGCCGCACACCAGCGACCACCAGGACCACCCCCCGUCGCAAGACCAGCAUCGGCGACAAAGUCUCUGGUGCGAUGCUGAAGUUGAAAGGAAGCCUGACCCGGAGGCCUGGACAAAAGGCUGCGGGGACUAGACGAAUGCACGGGACGGAUGGGAGGCGAACCCGUCGAUAUUAUUAA